AUAUAAAAGCCAAUUUGGAAGAACCUUCUCGGCAGAUUUCUAGCACUUGUCUGAUGACGACUUUAUCAAAUCAGGGAAAAAUCGAUAUAUCUUGUUGGGAUGGAACUAUUUCGCAGCAUGAAUUCCACACAGCCGCGAGUGCUUUUGCUGAGCGAUGGAACAAAUUCAACGCUGCCCUUCCCCAGUGUUCAUGGGUUGCUCGUCCAAAAUCACCUUACCUAUCUUCCACCUCUAAGGACGAGGGUUACUUAUCAGUAGAAAAUGUCAUUAUGUUCCCAACGCCUGCUGCGGAGUCUUGUGGCGGAGGAGAUGACAAAGAGGGAGAAGAGGAACUUAGUUGCUCCCGCUUCCAAGAGGAUGACUUCAUUGAUGGUGCCACCAUGUUGCAAAAUCAUGAUGACGCAAGCCAUCACUAUGACUUCCAUGUUGUCUACAAUGCUUCAUAUAGAGUUCCAGUGCUAUACUUCCGUGCCUACUGCAGUGAUGGACGAACACUGGUCUUAGAUGAUGUUGAGAAGAGCAUUCCUGCUAUCUCUGCCAAACUCCUAAUGCUAUCUAAAUGGACAUUUAUUACUCAGGAGGAUCACCCUUACUUGAAUUGUCCAUGGUAUACAUUACAUCCUUGUGGGACCAGCGAGUGGAUGAAGAUGCUCUUUAGCUAUGAACCUGCGGUGGAUCAUGGUGGAGUUGCAGUUGCCAAGUAUCUGGUCUCAUGGUUCUCCGUAGCUGGCCAAGUCUUUGGUCUUAAAAUACCCUUUGAAAUGCUAAGUUCCAUUGGUAAUUAAACGUUAUAUGACUAAUUAUCCUGUAUAGCUAAUCGUACAGUUUGAUCUUCUUAACCAGACUACAUUCCCUUUUGUUACAUUUGUUCCUUUCCAACACAAAGGAAAGGCCCCAAAAUGGAUUUCCGCUGAUUCAAGUUGUUCCAAAAAUGACAUGAAUGCAGUGGUAGUUACAUAGACAUCGUUAUACAAUGAUUACACUUCCCA